UCUGGAUAAAAUAUGAAAUUCAUUGGCUUAGAUGUUUCUUUCUUGAUUCUCUCCACCCUCACUGCUCUUUGGAAUGCAGGGGCUCAAGACUCUUGCGCAGACCGAUGUGGGGAGCUGCUUGGUACCUGUUCUUGCCAGGUGACAUGCCAGUCCUUGGGGAUAUGCUGUCCUGAUUAUACAGAAUUUUGUCUUCAAAUUUCUCCCUACUCAGGAUCUCUUAUGGGAGGCAAAGACUUUUUGAUUAACAACACAGCUUUUAAGGCCUCUUCUGUCCUAAAAUGCAGUGUUUUCAACAUCUACAGGUUCAAGCAGAAAAUCAUAACCAGUGGCUAUGUUGACAAUGAUGGAAAAGCCCACUGCAUCUCCCCGUUGCUUUAUGAGACUGGUUUCAUCCCUUUUGAAGUUUCUACAAAUAAUGGGUCAACGUUUCCUUACUCUGGAACUUGGUUAUCAGUACAUCACAACAAAGUUUCAGAUGGAGAAAAAUGCACAUUGGUAAAUGAGACAAAAUGGCAAUACUAUGGCACCCCCAGCACUGGUGGAAACUUAACUCUGACCUGGACACACCAGACACUCACAGCAACCCACAUCAACAUAGAAGUCUGGGGAUACCAGGAAACAGGUGACAGUUACUCAGAAAACUGGAUGGCUGAAUGGAAAUACCUUUACACUUUGGCAAGAGAAAUACCCAAUACAGGGAAAUAUUCUUUCAUUCCUGUACCCACCGAAGGAAAUUACAGUGCAUGGCACUUUGGAAUUUUGAGAAUUAUACCCAGCAAGUAUUUUGACGGGCAGAGCAACAUUCUAUCAAUCUGGAGCUCAGAGCAUGCAUUGGCUUGGCACCUUGAGAAAGACUUCAGAAAUGACCCAAAUGCAUGGGCAUCUGCAAAAUGUAUUGAAUGGGACAGAAAGGAAGAGUUGCUUCCAAACUUCUUGGAAGAAAUUAUAGACUGCCCUUGCACCUUGGCACAGGCAAGAGCUGACACUGGCAGGUUCCAUACAGAUUACGGCUGCGACAUUGAAAAGGGGAGUGUGUGUACUUAUCAUCCUGGUGCUGUGCAUUGUGUAAGAGCCAUUCAAGCCAGUCCCCAGUAUGGGGCUGGCCAGCAGUGCUGCUAUGACUCCACGGGAACCCAAAUCCUCACGCACGACUCCACCGGAGGCAGCACACCUGAUCGAGGACACGACUGGGGUUCAGCACCUUUCUUGAAGCCUCCCCGGAUACCUGGCUUUUCCCACUGGCUUUAUGAUGUUAUCAGCUUCUAUUACUGCUGCCUGUGGUCUGAUAAUUGCGACUUCUAUAUGAAAAGGCGGCCCUCUAGUGACUGCAGGACGUACCGCCCGCCCCGAGCUGCAUCUGCUUUUGGGGAUCCUCAUUUCCUUACAUUUGAUGGUCUGAACUUCACCUUCAAUGGCCUAGGAGAAUACACAUUGGUAGAGUCUGAUCUCACAUCCCUGAGAGUGCAAGGGAGGACACAGCAGGCACACUUGCCCAAUGGAACUUGGGCUCAGGGGACAGGCUUGUCUGCAGUGGCCAUGCAGGAGAACAACUCUGAUGUGAUUGAAGUGCGCUACUCUGAGGAUUUGAAUCUGGAGGUCCUCUUGAACCAGAGGGUUCUCAGCUUCUCUGAACAAACUUGGAUGGACUUGAAAGGUCUCUUUCUCUAUUCUACACCUGAUCAGAACAUCACAGUGAUGUUCUCUUCUGGGGCUGGAGUGGAAAUAAGGGAAAGUGGAGGAUUUCUGACCCUGACAGUUCUGCUCCCAGAGAAGUUUAUCAAUCACACAAGGGGUCUUUUUGGGGUAAUGAAUGGAAAUCCAGAGGAUGACUACACCUUCAAGAAUAAAACCACCAUGUCAGUUCAUGCAAGUCCCCAGCAGGUGUUUGGGUUUGGAGCUAGCUGGGCUAUAGAAAAUGGAACUUCUCUCUUUACUUAUGACACAGAGUUCUUACUGAACAGUUUCUUUCAUGGGGAAAAGCACAAUGCUUCCUUUCUGCCGGUGUUCACCCCUUACGAAGACCCUGCUGAUCCCCUGGUAAAAGAGAUGCUCUCGCUCUGUGGCUCAGACCCAUUCUGCAGAUUUGAUGUCCUGACAACAAGAAGCCCUCAAGUGGGAAAUUCCACAAGACUUUCCCACCAGAAUCACAAGCUGCUGGUAGAACAUCUAAAGCCAGUGAUCUCUUGUGGCUGGCUGGAGCAUCCAACCAAUGGAAGAAAGAAUGACACUAACUACCUGCUGGGCUCAACCAUCAAUUUCACCUGCAAUGUGGGCUAUGAACUUACAGGGUCACAGGAAAGAACUUGCCAAGUGUCAGGAGCCUGGUCAGGAGACACACCCCAGUGCAGGCCGGUAACAGCUAUCAAACAAGUAAUUAUUAUUGGCAGUGUAUUUGGAAUAGUCGGUCUUGCAGUCCUGGCCCGUCUGGGUUAUUUAUGCAGAAAGUAGAGUGUCCACACGGAAUAAAAUGCCAGAUAAAAUGGAAUUGAAAUUGAAUGAAUGGAAACAAAAUGGGGUUACAGCCCUUGGAAAGAAGACUGUAUGUGUGAGGAAGAACUAAAUACUUCUGAACUUAUCACAAAAAAAAAAAAGAGCAGUGCCAAGCUAACAGAACACUGCUAUUGUUUUUCAGUAUUUCAUCAGCUUAAAAAUGCUACAUUCACUAGGAAUUCAGCUCAAGGAAAUAAGAAU